AUGGAUCCGAAUGCACACGAUCAGUGGGAUAAGAUGGCUGCUUUAGUCGCAAGGCAGCAUCGCCGAGACCACCCUGCAUACACGUUUUCUCCACAACACACAAAAAAAGAGAACAGAAAUAAGGCAGCCCCCAUGGACGUGGUCGAGCGCACGCAGACCGCGCAGGACGUCAGGCUCCCCGAAAUCACGGAAGAAAGGGCCGUGAGGGAAGAAGCGAGGUGGCAUUCCCGAACGAGCAUACACUUUUGCAGGGACAUCAUCUACAGAGAUGCAACCCACGAUGCCUUCAGCCAGUACAAUCGAGACGCAUUGUGCUUUGGCGAACAGUACAUACAGGAGAUGCAGUCCCAACAGUUUCCUGCAUCCGCGCAAGCAUCAGAAUCGCCAAACUCCUACGUACCUCAAUGUGCGGCGCCUCAGCCAAUCCUUCAACACCUAAACCCCCUCUCGCAGUCCAUUCCGAUGGAUGGGUUCACGAACAAUGUCAUUACACAGCCGGAUGCAGAAAACCCCCCGUUGGACGAAUUUCAGACAACACCAUACACAGCAUCGUCAGCUGAGGGCUCAUACAGGCACUUGUUCGAACCAGUGUCGGAGAGGCUGCAUUCGCUUGUGACAAUGCAAGGCCCAGGCGCCGAGACGCAGUAUUGGAACGGUAUAUCAUCUGGUAGUAUGCCGCUGCAUGAAAGGUGGUCACGUCAAAUGCCCUCGGAAUUUGAACAGCGAGGCAACUGGUCGCGUUCGGUGCCGCCACACAUCACGGUACAGUGUCAGUAA